AUGGGUUGGAGCACCCACGCCUCCGGGACCCUUGAUCCCCCCGAGGUUCGCAACUGGCGCAUCCAUCUUGUCGCCCUUGUCGCCUCCUGCUCUGCUCUUGCCAUGGGCUAUGAUACGGCCGUCAUCGGCGGCACCAUGGCGCUUGACUCGUUCCGCCGCGACUUCGACCUCGCUGGCAAGUCCCAAUCUCACCGUGAUACUGUCCAAGGCAACAUUGUCUCUACCUUCCAAGCCGGCUGCUUCUUCGGCGCCCUCCUCACAUUCCCGCUCGCCGAGAAAUGGGGUCGUCGCAAGACCGUCAUGCUCGCCGCUCUCGUCUUCCUCAUCGGAGGUACUCUCAUGACCGCCGCCCACGGCAAGCUCGAAAUGAUCAUUGCAGGCCGCGCCAUCGCCGGUCUCGGUAUUGGCGCUUCUUCUCUCGUCGUCCCUGUCUACAUUGCCGAAACAGCACCGCCGUCUAUCCGUGGUCGACUCGUCGGUAUCUUCGAAAUCGCUUCCCAAGGCGGCGGCAUGCUGGGUUUUUGGAUCAACUACGCAACAGACCAGACUAUCAACGUUAAGUCGCAAGCCCAAUGGAUCAUCCCCCUCGCUCUGCAACUGGUUCCCGGUGUCGGUCUAUUCUUCGGCAUGUGGUGGUGUCCCGAGUCUCCCCGCUGGCUCGCCAGAGGUGACGACUUUGAAGGCGCCGAGCGUAUCCUCUGCAGACUGCGCGGCCUCGACCGCGACCACGAAUACGUCCGCCGCGAGAUGGGCGAGAUCCGCCAGCAGGUCGAGGAGCGAUCAACCAUGCGCAUGAGCAAGAAGCAGCAGUUCAAGAAGCUUUUCCAGAAGGGCACCCGAAACCGCAUGGGCAUCGGUAUGGCGCUCAUGUUCCUCCAGAGUUUCACCGGCGUCAACAUCAUCACCUACUACGCCCCCCGCAUCUUCGAGACGCUCGGCGUGUCCGGUACCUCGCUGCGCCUGUUCUCGACCGGCUUCUACGGCAUUGCCAAGACGCUCGGCAUGAUCUGCUUUACCUUCUACGUCGUCGAAAAGGUCGGACGUCGCGAGGGCCUCAUCUGGGGUGCCGCGCUCGGCUGCAUUCCCAUGUGGUACAUUGGCGGCUACGUCAUGAGGGCCGAUCCCGCUGGUGCUGCUGCCGCCGGUGUCGUCAACCGCGAUGCCUGGGGCUACCUCGCCAUGGUCUGCGUCUAUGUCAACGGCUUCAUUAUUUGCGCCACAUGGCAGGGCAUCACCUGGACUUACUGUUCCGAGAUCUUCCCCCUCGACAUCCGAAUGCUAUGCGUUGCCAUCACCACCGCCGACACCUGGCUCGGCUCCUUCAUCAUUGCGCGCUCGACACCCUACAUGAUUUCCGAUCUCGGCUAUGGUGCCUAUUUCUUCUUCAGCGCCAUUCUCGUCUGCAUGGGUAUCUGGGCCUUCAUUUUCGUUCCUGAGACCAAGGGCAUCACUCUCGAGGAGAUGGACGCUCUCUUCAUGAAGCCCAUGCACAAGGCCGUCUGGGCCCAGCUGCGCGGCAAGAAGCUCGUGCCCGAGCGAUCCGACUCCGUCUCCGACGAGAAGAAGUACAUCGAGUCGGAGCAAUUCGAGAGAAAGGAAUAA